AUGGUACCAUGGCGACAAUCAGCUUCGUUGAUAUUGCUUGGAAGUAAGCAACGAAAUGUUAACAAUGUCAAGAGUUUGUUUGAUUAUACAACGUUAUUCCUAAAACGCUCGCCCAAUAUGCGAUUUGCACCAGACAUUUCAGCAUUUCCUGGCGGUAAACUUGAUCGAUGUGAUUUAUCGUUGGAAUGGCCGAAGUAUAUUUCAAGUACAUCUGAUAUUAAUCGAUUUUCUAAGCAAAAAGCGGAUAUAUACAAAGACAUUGACCAUCCGUAUCCUGGUCUAGUCUUUCGUCUAUGUGCUAUUCGUGAAACAUUCGAAGAAACUGGUAUUUUACUUGUUAAAACAGACAAGUCCAAGAAUUCAAAAUAUUCCACAGUUGCACAAUUAUCCAAUGAUAUCAUUACUGAAUGGCGUGAUAAAAUUCGUCAGGAUGCAUCGCAAUUCAUGAUUAUGUGUAAAGAACUACAAGUCACGCCAGAUGUUCAUUCCCUUUACGAGUGGACUCAAUAUUUGGCGGCAUCGAUUGCUAAAGUGCGUUUCGACACCAUAUUCUAUACAGCAGCAUUACCAAAUUCAUAUCCUUGUUUGAUUGCUCAUGACGACAAUGAAACGGUUUCAGCUGAAUGGUUAGAACCCGAUACAGCUAUGAACGGAUAUCGUCAAGAUUCAGUCAAUCUGCUGCCACCGCAAAUAUUUGAAUUGUCUCGACUAGCUAACUUUCGAAAACUAGACGAUCUUAUUGAAUUUUUAGUUCAACGUGAUCAUAACGAUGAAUACCGGACUGAACGUCUUCUAGGUGUUUGUUAUAAAUUAUCAGACGCAACAGUAUUGGUUAUGCCCGACGAUGAUCACUAUCCGUCGGAUGCAUCAUUUACAACACCGGUCCUAUCGUCCGAUAAAACAUUACGCGAUUUCGAUAGCGAUCGACAAAACCGAUUAGUCAUGAUGAAUAAAGGUACAAAUCGUAAAUGGCAAGUGCAUUUCAAAAAUAGCAGUAGCAAUCAAAAGAAUGAUUUACGCGUUCACCCACUGCAAAAUGGCUGGGAAAAAUCUUAG